AUGGGGCAACUUCUCUCCGAGCCGGUUACUGAAAAAACCUCACAUGAGGGCAAUGAUAAGUUUGUAAUGUACGGCGCAUCGUCGAUGCAAGGUUGGCGUGUUCAUAUGGAGGAUGCACACGCAGCUAUACCUUAUAAUGCAACUACAAAUGCUAGUUAUUUUGCGGUGUUUGAUGGUCACGGAGGCUCCUAUGCGGCAAAAUACAGUAGCGAAAAUCAUCACAAGAAAAUAUUUGAAUCCAAUGCUUAUAAAGCCAAUCGUAUAUGUGAGGCACUGCGACGGGCAAAUUUUGCUAUUGAUGAAGAUCUUCGUCAUGAUGAAGCGUAUGCGAAUGACUGUUCAGGAUGUACGGCUAUUGUGGCGGUACUUACAUCAAAAAACGUUCUCUAUGUGAGCAAUGCUGGUGAUUCUCGCGCCGUGAUUAGCACGAGCAAUGGUAAAGCCAUUCCGUUAUCCCACGAUCAUAAACCCACCAACGCUACUGAAUCAGCACGUAUCAGGAAUGCUGGUUCUUACGUGGAAUUUGGCCGCGUUAAUGGGAGCCUUGCUUUAUCGCGCGCUUUGGGUGAUCUAGGGUUCAAGGACAAUAACCAACUGCCACCUGAGAAGCAGGCGGUCACAGCUGAUCCGGAAAUUUCUGAACAUGAAUUAACCGACAAUGACGAGUUUAUGAUUUUAGCAUGUGAUGGUAUCUGGGACUGUUUGACGAAUCAAGAGGCUGUCGAUUGUGUUCGUUUCAAACUUACGGAGAGAAAGCAACUGAAAACCAUCUGUGAAGAAAUGAUGGAUCUCUGUCUAACCAAGAAAAGUGACGCUACUGGUAUUGGCUGCGAUAAUAUGACCAUGAUUAUCGUGGCUUUUCUGCGAAAACGAUCCAUGGAUGCAUGGUACGAUUGCAUGGCGCAAAAGGAGGUGACAAUGCCAAAAUGUCAAUCGCCUGUGCAAGGUGAACCUGAUUUCAAAAAGCCACGCGUCGAUGACCGCGUUCCUCCCGCAUUGGACGAUGACACUAAUAUAUCCGGUAAAUCCACAUAG